CUCACGUGACCAGCCUCUGCCUGGUUGCCUUGUAACUUCGUCGUAGGGAGAUUUGACUGAUACUAUGCCGUUUAUUUGUUUAUCUCAUAAAACAUGUCGGGACAAGGCUGAACCGAUAGUUCUCUGUCACUUUAUGCUAGACGUGUAAAAUGUCCCGGGGAGAGUUCAUUGUGUGGAGGAGUUUGUCUUUCCUUGCUUUGUUUUGGGGCUUCUGUGAAACUUCCGCCUCCUAUGUCAUCACAGUUGACGUGAGAAGACCAGAAAGAGAGCUCCGACCAUUCUGGAGAAGCACUGGCUUCUGCCCUCCGCUCCCUCACACCCAGGCUGACCAGUUCGACCUGAGUGCUGACCAGCAGCUGAAUUUGGCCUAUGUGGGCUCGGUCCCACAUGGAGGGAUCCAGCAGGUUAGGAUCCACUGGAUGUUGGAGCUGGUCACUGCAAAAGUUGUUGGAGGAAAACCUGAGUAUAACUUCACCAAACUGGAUCAGCUGAUAGACCUGCUGUCACUUAAUGGACUUCAACCAGGCUUUGAACUGAUGGGCAGCGUCUCAAACUACUUCACUGACUUAGAGGAGAAAGCCCAAGUGGUUGAAUGGAGAAAUCUGGUUUACCUCAUAGCCAAGCGCUACAUUGACAAAUAUGGCCUGGGAAGAGUUUCUCAGUGGAACUUUGAAACCUGGAAUGAACCCAACAACCAUGACUUUGAUAAUGUCACCAUGUCAAUCCAAGGGUUUCUAAAUUACUACGACGCCUGUUCGGAGGGGCUGCGCGCUGCCAGCGAGCUCCUGAGGUUCGGAGGUCCUGGAGACUCCUGUCAUCCGGCCCCGCGCUCCCCAUACUGCUGGGCCAUGCUGCAGCACUGCUACAACAGCACUAAUUACUUCACUGGAGAGACGGGCGUCAGGAUCGACUACAUCGCCCUGCACAAGAAGGGAGGAGGUUACUCUCUGCCCAUUCUCCAGCAGGAGAUCCAGACAGUAGGGCAGAUCCAGGAGCGCUUCCCCGGCUUCCGCAGCAUCCCCGUGUACAACGAUGAGGCCGAUCCUCUGGUGGGAUGGUCCAGACCUCAGGAAUGGAGGGCGGAUGUAACCUACGCUGCAAUGGUGGUGAAAAUAAUAAAGCAGCACCAGGAUCUGCUUCUGGCUAACCCCAACAACACCAUCAACUACACCCUCCUGAGCAACGACAACGCCUUCCUGAGUUACCACCCGCACCCCUUCACUCAGCGCACACUGACCGCUCGCUUCCAGGUCAACAACACCCGGCCGCCUCACGUGCAGCUCAUCAGGAAGCCCGCUCUCACCGUCAUGGGCCUGCUGGCGCUGCUAGGAGAAACCCAGGUCCUGGCUCAAGAUCUAAACUCAAGCGGCACGCUGGGCACUCUCGCCAGCAUCCACGAGCCUGUGAUUCACGGCGGGUCCGACGGCUGGCGGGCAGCGGUGCUGGUCUACAACAGCGACGACAACAGCACCUCGGAGCGCAGCGACGACGUUACGGUUUCUCUGACAGGACUGGCUGAGCAGAAGGGUCUGGUGUAUGUCACCUAUUACAUGGAUAACAACGUAACCAACCCGCACCGGCUGUGGCAGAGCAUGGGCAGCCCUGACUACCCCACCGCACAGCAGUUCAGACGCCUCAGGAGUGCCGAGGACCCCCGGUCCGACGGGCCUCGGACGGUUCCCGCUGGCGACACGCUGACUCUGAAAGCCAAGCUGCCUCUUCCGUCUGUCCUCCUCGUCCACGUUUGUGCCCAGCCUGAUGCCGCGCCAGACCAGGUUAAUGGUUUACGCUUCAUCAGGAUCACCAAAGGCCAAGUCCUCAUUAUCUGGUCAGAUCACUGUGUUGGUUCAAAAUGCAUCCAGACCUUUGAAGUAGAGUUUUCCACGGCCCAGAAGGAAUUCAGUCGGAUUAAUGCUCAGGACACCAUUUUUACUUCUUAUGUCUACUCACCAGUGGACCAGCAGGUCGGCGGCCUGUACCGGGUUCGAGCUGUGGACUACUGGGGACGGCCCGGUCCCUACUCUCUGCCAGAGAGGUUUUCAGAAGGGGAGUAGAAGGUGGACGUGCAAAUUGUUUGGUGCCGUGUGAGCACGUUUUAGAGAGGAUUAGUCAGCUGGUUGACGACAUUACAGACAUCACGCUGUUUUAAACUGUGCUACAGGAACUGACUGAUAGCAGACCUCCUAAUGAACAAAGGGCUAUAAUAGAAGCCUUACACAGUUACUGCUGUGCUGAAAUCUUAAGUUAUUUUA